GAAGAUGGCGGCCUCCUGGAGGCUAGGCUGUGACCCGCGGCUGUUACGCUGCCUCCUCGGCUUCGCGGGCCGCCGAAGCGUAGGGCUGGUUAAGGGGACUGCUGAAUGGUCUGUCGGCCGCGCAGUUAGUUGGAGAUGGCUUCACAGCACGCGGUGGCUUCGGGUUGACCCCAUUAAGAUACUAAUGCCGUCACUAUCUCCUACAAUGGAAGAAGGAAACAUUGUGAAGUGGCUGAAAAAGGAAGGUGAAGCUGUCAGUGCUGGUGAUGCGUUAUGUGAAAUUGAGACUGACAAAGCUGUGGUGACCUUAGAUGCAAGCGAUGAUGGUGUCUUGGCCAAAAUAGUGGUUGAAGAAGGAAGUAAAAAUAUACGACUAGGUUCGCUAAUUGGUUUGAUGGUUCAAGAAGGAGAAGAUUGGAAAAAUGUUGAAAUUCCCAAAGAUGUAGGUCCUCCAUCACCGGCUCCAAAACCAUCAGUGCCGGGCCCCGUAGCAGAGCCACAGAUUUCUAUCCCUGUCAAGAAGGAACACAUGCCUGGGAUACCACUGUUCCGUUUAAGUCCAGCUGCCCGCAAUAUUCUGGAAAAACACGCACUGGAUGCCAGCCAGGGCACAGCUACUGGCCCUCGGGGGAUAUUCACCAAAGAGGAUGCUCUCAAACUGGUCCAGUUGAAACAGGCAGGCAAGAUCACUGAGUCCAGACCUGCUGCAGCCCCUGUAGCCACUCCCACAGCACCUUCACCUCCACAGGCCGCAGCUGGGCCAUCGUAUCCCCGGCCAAUGAUCCCACCAGUAUCAGUUCCGGGACAACCUAAUGCCGUGGGCACAUUCACUGAAAUCCCUGCUAGCAAUAUUCGAAGAGUUAUUGCCAAGAGGUUAACUGAAUCUAAAAGUACUGUACCUCAUGCAUAUGCUACUGCUGACUGUGACCUUGGAGCUGUUUUAAAAGUUAGAAAAGAUCUGGUCAAAGAUGACAUUAAAGUAUCAGUAAAUGAUUUUAUCAUCAAAGCAGCAGCCGUUACCCUCAAACAAAUGCCAGAUGUUAACGUAAGCUGGGAUGGAGAGGGCCCCAAGCAGCUGCCCUUUAUUGAUAUUUCAGUGGCUGUGGCAACAGAUAAAGGUUUAAUUACCCCAAUCAUAAAAGAUGCGGCUUCCAAGGGUAUACAGGAAAUUGCUGACUCUGUAAAGGUACUCUCAAAGAAAGCAAGAGAUGGAAAAUUAUUACCUGAGGAAUAUCAAGGAGGAUCUUUUAGUAUUUCCAAUCUGGGGAUGUUUGGCAUCGAUGAAUUCACUGCCGUAAUCAACCCACCUCAGGCCUGCAUCUUGGCUGUUGGGAGAUUUCGACCUGUGCUGAAGCUCACCGAGGACGAAGAGGGGAAUGCCAAACUGGGGCAGCACCAGCUUAUAACAGUCACAAUGUCAAGUGACAGUCGCGUGGUCGACGAUGAACUGGCAACCAGGUUUCUUGAAACUUUUAAAGCAAACCUAGAGAAUCCUAUCCGACUUGCCUAGUCCUCAAAGAUGAGAAGUUGGUCUUUAGCUUAUUUAACUCAAUAGCUGUUACCAAGAAGUGUACGUUACAGGGAAACAGCUAGGUAUUUAAGUAUAAAGGGGGGUGAAAUGUUCUUUUAUUUAAAGUGCGAGCAUUUGGCCCAAGUUGUCUUCAUUUUAAGUUUUGGUUUAAUGUUCUAGGAAUAAAUGGUAAUAAACUAAUAAAAGAAAGAACAUUUGGUUAGUCAGAUUUUUUUUAACCUUUGGUGCUUUACAAAAGGGGGGAUUAAAAACUAGAUAUACGGGCUGGGCGUGGUGGUUCACGCCUGUAAUCCUAGCACUGUGGGAGGCC